AUGGGAAAGACAUAUGAGAAGAAGAUCACUUGGACAAUUAAAAACUUCUCCUUUUUGCAAUCUGAUGAAAUUAAGUCAGACUAUUUUGUUGUUGGUGGCUGCAAAUGGUGUCUUCGGGUCUAUCCUAAGGGAGAACAAGGAUGUAUGAACUUUUUGUCUCUAUACCUGGGAGUUGCUGGUUCUGAAUCUUUGCCUUAUGGAUGGAGAAGACAUGCCAAAUUUCGCCUAGUUGUUGUCAAUCAACUUUCUCAAGAAGCCUCCAAAGGGAAUGAAGCACAUAUCUGGUUUGAUCAGAAAAGUCCCAGCUUGGGCUACCCAGAAAUGCUUCCACUCUCCAAGCUUCUUGACAAGAGUGGUGGGUUUCUUGUGAACGGAGAAAUCAAGAUUGUUGCCGAGGUCUAUGUUCUUGAAGUUAUUGGCAAAACAAAUGUGUUAGAGGAAACUUCAUUUGUUAAAGAAACCAUGGACGUCAAUGGGUUUCAUGUACCUCCUCCUUUGGUAGAAUCUGUGAGUAGUUUGUUUAAAAGCCAUCCAGACAUUGCAUCAGAAUUCCGACCCAAGAACCCACAUCUAAGAACAACAUACAUGAAUGUCCUACUUAGUCUCACUGAGGUUUUGGGUCAGUCCCCUGAGAAACUCUCCAUAUCUGAUCUUUCCGAUGCGUAUUCUGGGCUACAGUUUGUGAAACAAGCGGGGUUUAAACUGGAAUGGUUGGAGAAGAAACUGAAAGAGGCUUGUCAGACUCGGCUGCAAGAAGUGAAGGAAGAAUUGAAAGAUAAGUGUGCAGAGAUGGAAGCUCUGGAGGAGUUAUUACGAUGA